AUUCUGAAAGUAUUCACCGGAACGGCGCUGAAGUCUUUUAUCUUGACAGAAGUGUUUCCCAAAUCUCCAUCCACAUUGCCGUGAUAAUUCCACCCCGCCCACUACCUGGGGAUGGACAGCUUUGGGAAAGACCUACCUUGACCGCACUUCCACCACCUCCCCUGCACACUGAUGGACUGAAAUCUUAUGGAAAUGGAGGGAGAUGCCUGUGAUCCGGACAGGCCCGCUCAUCCUGGGACUUUCCCAGCCGGGGAGUGCGGGCGGACUGACCAGCAGCCCCCGGAGCGCCGCGUAGACUUCCCGGUGUCAGUGGUUCUUCCUGCCGGCGGCACGGGGGAGAGAACCGGACUCCAAACGCCAAAGCAGUUCUGCUUGUUCAUGGGAAGGCCACUCAUUAGCUACACUAUCCAGGCUGUCGAGAGGGUUUUAUGGAUCCAAAACAUUGUGGUUGUUGUUGCCAAAGAACACAUGGACCUGAUGACAGAUAUCAUCCAGCAAUUCCGGCACAGGAAGGUUCGAGCAGUGCCAGGCGGCUCGACGCGACACAGGUCGAUUUGCAACGGAGUCCUGGCUCUGGGUGAGCAGGAGGAAGAGAAGGAGAGGUUACUGUCAGCAGACAGGCCGAAGGUGGUCAUCAUCCAUGAUGCUGUGCGACCUUUCGUGGAGGAGGACUUUCUGUACAAGAUAGCCAUGGCUGCUAAGGAACAAGGGGCAGCCGGAGCCAUCCGGCCUCUUGUUUCCACGGUGAUAGCCACCACAUCAGAGGGCUACCUGGAUCAUUCUCUGGAGCGAGCCAAAUACAGAGCCAGCGAGAUGCCUCAGGGAUUCACAUACGAUGUCAUCUAUCAAGCCUAUCAGAGGUGCACCGAGUCAGACUUUGAGGUUGGCACAGAGUGUCUCCAUCUGGCUCUGCAGUACUGUGGCACAAACGCCAAGCUCAUCGAGGGUCCGCCAACACUGUGGAAGGUAACCUACAAACGGGACUUGGCUGCUGCAGAGUCCAUUAUCAAAGUUAAGGGGUGUUGUUCGGCCCGACGCAAAGCGGAGCCGUGUGCUUUGAGCUCUCAGACUCUUUCUCGGUCGGCCUGUGUCAUCACAGGAGGAUCAGAACAAGCUGUGCCGUUGGCUGAUGCCAUCCAGAAGGCUGCUGGAGCUCUGGACAUGUGUGAGCUCCACUUGGGUCGCCUGGCGGUGAGACCCGCCAUCUGUGGUCAGGCCUCUAAUCGGGCCUGUCUGGGACAUCCACACUGCAACUUUCCUCCGACCUCUACCUCUCACUCCACGUCAUCCAGGAGAGCAAAUGGCAGUUAUAUUUCCUGUAUUGUGGAGAGUUUGCUUGAUGAAUGGAGUGUUCAGUGAAGAGCUGUUGUCUUCUCCUUCUCAUCUUUCUGCAACCUCGACUCAGUCAGACUUGACAGGUUCUCACUUUCCUCCACGGUUCAUAUCCCUCCAUUUAACUGAAUCUUUUCCUGGACACAUCAAAUUCCCAUGUUGUCCUCGGCGUUACAAACAUCUCCCAUUUAAUUUGUAAAAUUGUUCCUAAUAGGUGAUGGAAAACAGUAACCAUAUGCACAACCAUGAAGAGCAACAGUCUGAGAUAUUAAAUCUGACGGCACAGACCACAUAGAGGUUCCACAUGUGACAUGAUCUAUCUCGCCUGAGCAAACCACACAACAUUAAUUCAAAUUACUUUUAAUCUUCCUUUAAAAAGAUGAAUGAAGAAAGGAUGUCAGUAAGAUGAACUUUGUCAGUCAGCUUGCUGGUUAAUCAAAGCAUCUGGACAAUCUUUUGUGCAAAGACAUGUUUAGAGGAAUAAAGUGAUGAUCACCGCAAUAAUACACCUAUAAUACCUUUUCUUGACAGUUCCCAUAUACAUUGCUAAUUUCUUAAAACUGUGUAGAUUACUGCAAACAGGAAUAAAGGUGCUUUUUCAUGAGGAUGAUUUGGGACCUACAUUUUUUAAAUGGUAGCUCUUCUUUGGCGAUAUUAUAAGCAGUGUUACAUUUAUUAUCGUGUCCGACUUGAAGCAGCAAGCAGUAGAAUGGACAAAUGUUUUGUUUCUUGGACUGUACACAGUACAUUAUUGACCCCUGAACAGCACUAUUUUGAACAGAUAAUUAAUAUAAAGUACAUGAUGUCGUUUGUUGAGUAAUGGGACCAACAUAAAGCCAUCAAAGGAAAAAAGUAACACAACUCAAUGUACACAGACAGACUGUUACCUAAAGCCCUUGGACUCUAGUGUUGUAAAGGGGUGACGAGGUGUCACUCAUUCACCCUCUUUCACUUUUCACGCAUUAUCGCCUUGCAAAACAUUUUUUACACUUGAGGCAACGAGUGUUGUCACCAUAGUUUUAUAUAGUACAGACCCAGUACCAGACUUUAGACCGGUUCAUUCUCUGCGCCAUCGCCACACUGAUCAGGUCUACAUAUGUGACGGGCAGUGGGAGCUGGUGCCAGUGCUGCUAAGCAGCGCCGACGUUAGCAGCAACGGUAAUGUCGAGCUUGUCGAUACGAUGGUCUUUCACAAUUUAGCCCGGAGCCCGUUUAAUACCGGAUUUCGGUGGGAAAUCAAACAAAGUUACACACACAGACAGACCAGCAUAUGUGACCAAAAAUCGCCUGUGUUCAGCUAAUAAUUUUUUGUUUAAAAAAAUAAUACAUUACAGAAAAUACUUGAGGCUUGUCGGCAAAAAAACAUGAUUGCAAGCACUUUGUUUCCAGAUUCAAUAGAUUCCAGUGGCAAGAGCAAAUAAACAGGUUAAAAAAUGUCCAUUGAAAUUUCCCAAAUUACUCUCGUAGCAUAAUUCAUGUCUCUGCUGUUGAUCCGCUCAAUAAAUAUGUUCAUUA